AUGUCAGAAGACGAAAAACAAACACAUCUAACCUACAUGCGCGAAGCCUUAGCAAUGGCCGAAUUAGCACUCCAAACUUCAGAAACACCCGUCGGAUGUAUAAUCCAGCACCCAACCCACGGCACCAUCGGACGCGGCAUGAACGCCACAAACCGCACCCGUAACGGGACUAUGCACGCUGAAUUCAUCGCCAUAAAUCAGAUCCUCGCUCCGCCGUCUCAAUAUACCCCUGAUAUACUGAAGGAGUGUACAUUGUAUGUAACGGUGGAGCCUUGUAUCAUGUGUGCUUCCCUGCUUAGGCAAUUCGGGAUUAAGAAGGUCUUUUUUGGGGCGAGUAAUGAGAAGUUUGGGGGCACGGGUGGGGUGUUGGAUGUGCAUUUGGGGAAUGGACGGGGAAUUGGGGGGAAAGAAGGGGAUUAUGAGGUUAGCGGGGGGUGGUUGAGGGAGGAGGCUAUUGUUAUGUUGAGGAGGUUUUAUGUGCAGGAGAAUGAACGAGCUCCUGAGCCGAGGAAGAAGGCGGAGAGGGUUUUGAAGCUGGAGGUUGAGCCUUUGGGUGAGCUGAGUGGGAAUGGGGUUGAUUGA